UAUCCCCCUCUAUUUCUCAGACGCAUACUCCUAGCAGCUUCAAGCUCUCCUUCCUUUCUAGACGUCGAAGUCAAUUAGUAAAAAUGGCCAACACUCCUCACGGCGGUGUUCUGAAGGAUCUUGUCGCAAGGGACGAGCACCUGCGCGAUAACCUCAAGGCUGAGGCACAUACUAUACCUGAUAUCGUCCUGACCGAGCGUCAACUAUGCGACCUCGAGCUCAUCAUCAAUGGAGGUUUUAGCCCUCUGGAGGGCUUUAUGAAUGAGGCGGAUUACAAGAACGUUGUAGACUCCCUUCGUCUCGCCGAUGGCACCCUCUUCCCCAUGCCAAUUACCCUCGAUGUUUCUCGCGAGGACAUCGACCGUCUCUCCCUCGCACCCGGCAAGCGCAUCGCUCUACGGGAUCCUCGUGAUGAUGAGGCACUCGCUAUUAUUACCGUCGAUGAUGUCUACCGCCCUGACCAGGUGAAGGAGGCUAUUCAGGUGUUCGGCGCGGAUGACCCCGCACAUCCCUCCGUAGCCUACCUGCGCAACAAGGUCAACGAAUACUACGUCGGUGGUAAGGUCCAGGUCAUCCAGCCCCCAACACACUUCGACUAUGUUGCCCUCCGCUACACCCCCGCAGAGCUUCGCGCGCACUUCAAGAAGCUCGCAUGGCGCAAGGUCGUUGCCUUCCAGACCCGCAACCCCAUGCACCGCGCCCACCGUGAACUCACCGUUCGUGCCGCGCGCCAGCGUCAGGCUAACGUCCUUAUUCACCCCGUCGUCGGCCUCACCAAACCCGGUGACGUCGAUCACUACACCCGUGUGCGCGUGUACGAAGCCAUUAUGGCCAAAUACCCUAACGGUAUGGGCCACCUUGCCCUACUUCCGCUCGCGAUGCGCAUGGCCGGACCUCGUGAGGCAGUCUGGCACGCCAUUAUCCGCAAGAACUUCGGUGCGACGCACUUCAUUGUCGGCCGCGACCAUGCAGGUCCCGGUAAGAACUCCCAGGGCCAAGAUUUCUACGGCCCGUACGACGCACAGGAUCUCGUCAUGAAGUACCAUGAGGAGCUCCAGAUUGAGAUGGUUCCCUUCCAGCAGAUGACGUAUCUCCCGUCCACGGACGAGUACCAGCCCGUAGAUGAGGUCCCGAAGGGCGUCCAGACGCUCGACAUAUCGGGCACGGAGCUCCGCCGACGCCUCAAGACGGGUGCUCCGAUUCCUGACUGGUUCAGCUACGACGCCGUCGUGAAGACACUGCGGGAGAGCUACCCCCCGCGUCUCAAGCAGGGCUUCGUUGUCUUCCUUACUGGGUUGCACAACUCGGGCAAGGACACGAUUGCGAAAGCUCUUCAAGUGAUUCUCAACCAGCAAGGCGGCCGGAGCGUUUCGCUCUUGCUUGGUGAUACCAUUCGCCCCGAACUCGAUACCCCAUUCUCCGCUACGCCUGAAGAGCGUUCCAAGAAUCUCCAGCGGCUUUCCUUUGUCGCGGCGGAGCUCGCGCGGGCAGGUGCUGCUGUGAUCCUCGCUCCAACCGUGCACACGCAAGCUGCUCGCGAUGCCAUCAAGAGCACUAUCCUCUCGCAGGCGGGCUCUGGUGCGAAUUUCUUCGCGAUCAACGUCGCGACGCCCCUCGAGCACUGCGAGGCGAACGACCGCAAGGGCAUCUAUACUCGCGCGCGCGCCGGCGAAAUUUCCGGCGUCCCUGGCGUCGACGAGGCCUUCGAGCCUUUCGAGCGGCCACAGCUCACCGUGGAUGUCACCAAGCAAAACAUCCCGGAGAUCGUUCACAGCGUUGUGCUCCUUCUGGAGACCGAGUCGCUGUUGUAGGCCGUUGACACCCCUCUGUGAAGCUGUGCCCAGGGGUCCCAUCUUGAGUAAGACUACCUCGGAACGGGUCGUCCACGUUCUUGUAUAUAGAUUGCAUCAGUCACGACCGUAUCUUGAGGGAAGUGCCACGUAUUGUUGUACCAGGAUAGACCAUGUAUAUACGCUAGAGGGUUGUAUACAUAACUUAUGCUCAUGUAUACUUACAUGGUGCAGUCAGCGCGCUUGUAGUGCAGCGGUCAAACAGCAAGUAUG